UUCCAGCGGCAGAGGCUGCGGAGCGGUUUUGCGGCGUGGUCACUGCGGGGCUCGGACCAUCGCGCUGUCAGACCGAGCGGUCGGCGAGCAGCCGCGGGACUGCCGUGCCUCCAGUAAACCAGGAGCUCCGGGACAGCAGGGGGGUUGUCUGCCCCCUCUUCUCCCUGCCCCAGCCCCAGCCUGGAUUGUUCACCUCACCACUCCCACUCUGUCCUCUCACCUCCAGCCAUGGCGCCCCUGCUCACCCUGUUCCUGGUGGCCCUGGUGGGCCUCCCUCUGGCCCAGGCUCUGGACUGCCAUGUGUGCGCCUACAAUGGAGAGAACUGCUUCAACCCCAUGCGCUGCCCGGCCAUGGUCACCUACUGCAUGACCACGCGCACCUACUACACCCCGACCAAGAUGAAGGUGAGCAAGUCAUGCGUGCCCAGCUGCUUCGAGACCGUGUAUGAUGGUUACUCCAAACACGCCUCUACCACCUCCUGCUGCCAAUAUGACCUCUGUAACAGAGCUGGCCUCUCCGUCCCCGGGACCCUGGCCCUGGCCCCCAUAUUCCUGGCUACCCUCUGGGGUCUGCUGUAAACCCCCGCCCCCCACUCAGACCCACUCAAGGACAAAGUUCUGAGAGGCUCAGCCCUACCCUUUCACCCUGUACACCCCACCCACCUUCUGCACACACAGAGACCACCCACCCCCCACCCAGCCACACCCAGGACUGCCUGCUAGAGUGCCCACCACCCUGGGCCUCGCUCCCAGACCACAACCUUCCAUUAGCGAAAGACUGAUGUGGGAUCAGCCCUCCCAAAGGUGUCUGGCAAAGUGUGCUGCUUAGUUGGGGUCCUCAGUUGGCUGAGGAACACUGAUUUGCAGGGAGACUUGGCCCACCUUCCUGGCAGCUCUGGGAGCAAAGCCCUGCCCCAGUCUGCCUGGUAAGUGUGUGGAGGCGCAGGGCAAAGCAGGGACCCAGGAUGGGUGGGGGACUGUCCUGGGAAGAAGGGCUUGCUGGGGCGCCAGGAGGGCUGUCUCUGUGCUCUGACUGAGGCCAGGAGCUGCCCAGGGUAAGUGUGGCAUAAAGGGCCAUGUGAGGAAGGCCUUUGUCCCCGUCAGCUGUCCCAGGUAGGAGUGCCAGGAAGCCCGGUAUAUCCAGGCAGCCCUUGGCUGGGGGCUUGGGGGUGGGCUCAUCCUAAAGAGGACCCUCAGGCCCCCAGUCUCAGAAGCCUAGUAAGAGGUUCUUCCCUUCUUGCUCUGCCAAAUCCUUGACCUUUCCCCCUCCCCUCCCCUGGCCUGAGGCUGGCCAGCACUUGGGGGCAGGGCAGGCAGGCGGCUAUAUUUGGUGGAGCCUGAGAGCUGACCCCAGGGCUAUUUUCAGCAGGGAGGGAAGGAAGCUGAGUGGGGCCAAAACAGCCUGGUCUUCAGCCCAAGCAUGCCCCUUAAUGGAGGGGGGUGAGCUGCAGCAGGUGUCCGAGAGUCGGCCAGGGCUGGGGGGAUCCUGGAAGUCCACCUGGGACAGAGGCUGGGAGAGGCGGGGUCUGGGAUGCAGAUGACCAGACUUCCCCCGGGAAGUCGCGCCCCGGGAUUUCCUCUGCAACCCCAAUCCCAACAACCACUGUCCACACCCACUGGCCCCCUUCCGCUGUGGCCUGCAGGCCUGGCUGAAUGAGUGCUGGCUGAGCUGGCCUUGGCCCCAAAGGCAGAGCCCAUCAGCCUGAGAGUUUCCACAGGACCCUCUACCCUCUGACUCCACCUGAGGGGAGAGAGAGAUCCACCCUGGGCUGAAGAGCUCCCUCCUUGAUUUGAUGAGUGGUCUGCAGGUGCCCCCAACCCAGUGGGGCAUUGGGACCCCCAAGGGCCCAAGAAUUGGCAUUAUUUAAAGGGUACCCAGCCUAGGUGAAUCCCAUCCCUGGCCUGGUUUGGGAAACAAGAGUCCGCCCAGCACAUAUCCAGCCCUUAUCCUGGAUAAGGGUUACCUGACCAGUGUCCCCAGCUCUGGUGUCUGUAGAGGGCCCAGGAGCCCCUUCUAGCUGUCUGGUCCUCAGUUGGCAGGAUUGUGGCAAAUGCCUAUGUGGUGGGAUUGUCCCUGGAACUCAGGAGCCCAUGGCCCUAAAACGUGGCCCUCAUCGGGGGGCCUGUGCUGGAGAGUCUGCCUGGAGAGCUUCACCCAGUGUCCCCAGAGCUCAAGGGAUUGGGAGAGCCUGCGUGAGCCUCAGUAGGGGUCCUCAGGCAGAGCUGGUUGGACCUCCCAGAAGGUCCGGGAAGAUGGGCCUCAUCCUGGGCGGGAAGGAGCUGCACCCCAAGGAGUGUCUGGUUAAGAACUCGGUCCCCACAGGAGACCUGGGUGUCUCCUCCCCCUGAAGCCCAAUACAGUAUGGACCUUCCCUGGGGGAGGCUGGGAGCAAGCCAGACCCCAGCCCUGAGCUCUCACAGGUCCAGCAGGAUCCCCAGAAGUGGUCAGCCUCGGGGAAGUGACUCAGCUCCCCCACAGAACUGGCUGGAAGGCCAGCAGAGGCCUCUGGAUGCGGAAGCCAGCAGGAAGAAAGGGUGGACAUGGGCCUCCAGCCCUAGCCACCCUUGGCUUCCUGACUCAGUGGGAGAGGCUUGGAAGCAGUUGGUAAACUGCUUGUGUAAGACCUUUGUCCUGGGUCAGCAGGCGUCCCAGGCCACAGCUGGAAGGAGCAUAGGAUCAAGCCCUCCCUCCCCUCGGUGGAUGGUGAAGUUAGAGGCCUGCCUGGCCACUUGUGGGCUCUGGGGUCACUGAGAGCAGGGAGCUGGGCUUGCCGUGGUAUGGGGAUGCUUCUUAUACCUGCCUUCUGUCCCCAUCUGUCCAUCCUCCGCUGUGACCUGGUCCAAACCCAGGGCCCACAACAUUGCACCCGGCCCGCAGGACAAUGCCCCCACCCCACCCACCUACCCACAGGGCCCUGGCCUGCUGGGCUGUCCUCAGAACCCAGCACAGAGCCCUCGGGAGGCCCUCAACUAAUACGGGGCCGGCCCCUAGAGGGAAGCCUGUGACACUGAACUCGAAGGCAGUGCCAGUGGGAAUGGCACCGACAAGGACGGGAGCUGAUCUCUGUGGCUUCCUUUGUCCCGGCUGCAAGCACUCCACGUCCACCCUGCAAGGUGUGAGCCAUUACCACGCCCCCUUUACAGGUGAGGAAGCUGAGGCCCAGCGUGACCGGGGUGCCCAACCACCACACCCCUGCCCCACUAGGCAGAGUCUUCGCCCACCAGCUGGGAGACUGCAUCCCUGAGCCCGGGGCGGGGAAGCCAAGGAGGGGAAUUGUAAACUGAAAGCGAUCUGAGCCUGUGAAAUACUUCUAAGAGCUUAGGGUCAGGAAAGCUCUAGAAGGAGAAGAGUGGAACCAGAGAUCUGAGAAGCCGUGAGGCCCCCAGGCAGGCGUCCAGCCCUGUGUCUGUGUCCCGGGCCGUGGGCUGGGGUCGCAGAGAGGAGGGCACAGGGACAGCAGGCUGCCCCCAGGCAGUGGGGCAUGUCCGCUGUGGGGAUCCCUCCAGCAGAAAUGAGUACCCCCUCGAUGUGGAUGGAUGCUCGGGCUCCCGGAAGCUCUCUGGGGCGUCCCAAGUCUGGAAGCAGCCUGAGCGUCUCUGUGCCGUGCCGCCGCCCGUGACGACCCUCGGAGCCCAGCUGAGGAGCUGGGCUGCAGGCGCUGAGCUGGGGGCACAGGUUGGCGUCUGCAGCCAGAGGCAGCUCCAGGGCUGUGCGUGCAGCCUGGCCCCGCUGCAUGCAGAAGGCAGCAGGAAGGGGUGCAUCCAGAGCGCCAGCCCCGCCAGCCCCGCUGCUGGUGGGCUGGUGCUGGGCAGGGGGCAGGGAGGCUGGACCAACUGCCCCACCUCCCUUGGCAGCGGCUGAUUUGUUUGUUAAACAUGUAUCUUACCUCUGGAAAGGGUACAAAGAAACUGGGACGGCUCUUUCUUUCUCCUGCCCCCCCUCAGUGAGUUUUGUUGGAUUCUACAACUCGGGGUGCCUGGAGGUCAUCACGCAUGUCUCUGAGCCUCAGCUGUCUCAUUGAUAAAGUGGGAAUGAUGGUUCCCACCAAGCCGAGGCCUCGGGGGGAUGGACGAGGCUGUGGGUGUACGUGCCCAGCCCAGGGCCUAGCACACAGGAAGCCUCUGAUGGACAGACAGACGGAUCGAUGGGAGGUCCAUCUUGCCUUCAUGCCACUUGCGAGGUCUUGGCACUUCGAGGGCCGUGCCCCUGCCGGCAGCUAAUGCUAACCCCUAGCCCUGACCCUGACCUUGAUCAGCAUGAGAAUCCGCCUUCAGCCAGGGCGCCCUCCUUGGCUCACUCUAGCCCUCAGAGAGGCCCCCUCAGUAUCUCAAGUGUGUGAAUAAAUGGAUGAAUAAAUAUGUCUGCCCUUGGUCGGUCCUCA